AUGUGCCUGGGCCUCCUCUGUCUCCUCCUGGGCCCAGGGACUGGCCCCCACCUCGGGCUCCACGCUCUGGGACUUGUCUGCGCUCUCGUCCUCCACCUCCUCGAUGGUGACUGGAGGAGUGAGAAUGAGGAGAACGAGGAGAAUGAAGGGAACGAGGAGAACGAGGAGAAUGAGGAGAAUGAAGGGAACGAGGAGAAUGAGGAGAACGAGGAGAACGAGGAGAAUGAGGAGAAUGAGGAGAAUGAGGAGAACAAGGAGAAUGAGGAGAACGAGGAGAAUGAGGAGAAUGAGGAGAAUGAGGAGAAUGGGGAGAACGAGGAGAAUGAGGAGAAUGGGGAGAAUGAGGAGAAUGAGGAGAAUGGGGAGAAUGAGGAGAAUGAAGGGAACGAGGAGAAUGAGGAGAAUGGGGAGAACGAGGAGAAUGAGGAGAAUGAGGAGAAUGGGGAGAAUGAGGAGAACGAGGAGAAUGAGGAGAAUGAGGAGAAUGAAGGGAACGAGGAGAACGAGGAGAAUGAGGAGAAUGGGGAGAAUGAGGAGAACGAGAAGAAUGAGGAGAAUGAGGAGAACGAGGAGAAUGAGGAGAAUGAGGAGAAUGAGGAGAACAAGGAGAAUGAGGAGAAUGAGGAGAAUGAGGAGAAUGAGGAGAACGAGGAGAAUGAGGAGAAUGAGGAGAACAAGGAGAAUGAGGAGAACGAGGAGAAUGAGGAGAAUGAGGAGAAUGAGGAGAAUGGGGAGAACGAGGAGAAUGAGGAGAAUGGGGAGAAUGAGGAGAAUGAGGAGAAUGGGGAGAAUGAGGAGAACGAGGAGAAUGAAGGGAACGAGGAGAACGAGGAGAAUGAGGAGAAUGAAGGGAACGAGGAGAAUGAGGAGAAUGGGGAGAACGAGGAGAAUGAGGAGAAUGGGGAGAAUGAGGAGAACGAGGAGAAUGAGGAGAAUGAGGAGAACGAGGAGAAUGAGGAGAAUGAGGAGAAUGAGGAGAACGAGGAGAAUGAGGAGAAUGAGGAGAAUGAGGAGAAUGAGGAGAACAAGGAGAAUGAGGAGAAUGAGGAGAAUGAGGAGAACGAGGAGAAUGAGGAGAAUGAGGAGAAUGAGGAGAACAAGGAGAAUGAGGAGAAUUGGGAGAAUGAGGAGAACGAGGAGAAUGAGGAGAACAAGGAGAAUGAGGAGAAUUGGGAGAAUGAGGAGAACGAGGAGAAUGAGGAGAAUGGGGAGAAUGAGGAGAACGAGGAGAAUGAGGAGAAUGGGGAGAAUGAGGAGAAUGAGGAGAACGAGGAGAAUGAGGAGAAUGAGGAGAAUGGGGAGAAUGAGGAGAAUGAGGAGAACGAGGAGAAUGAGGAGAAUGAGGAGAACGAGGAGAAUGAGGAGAAUGAGGAGAACGAGGAGAAUGAGGAGAAUGAGGAGAAUGAGGAGAAUGAGGAGAACAAGGAGAAUGAGGAGAAUGAGGAGAAUGAGGAGAACAAGGAGAAUGAGGAGAAUUGGGAGAAUGAGGAGAACGAGGAGAAUGAGGAGAAUGGGGAGAAUGAGGAGAACGAGGAGAAUGAGGAGAAUGGGGAGAAUGAGGAGAAUGAGGAGAACGAGGAGAACGAGGAGAAUGAGGAGAACGGGGAGAAUGAGGAGAACGAGGAGAAUGAGGAGAAUGAGGAGAACGAGGAGAACGAGGAGAAUGAGGAGAAUGGGGAGAAUGAGGAGAACGAGGAGAAUGAGGAGAAUGAGGAGAACGGGGAGAAUGAGGAGAAUGAGGAGAACGAGGAGAAUGAGGAGAAUGAGGAGAAUGGGGAGAAUGAGGAGAAUGAGGAGAACGAGGAGAAUGAGGAGAAUGAGGAGAACGAGGAGAAUGAGGAGAACGAGGAGAAUGAGGAGAAUGAGGAGAAUGAGGAGAACGGGGAGAAUGAGGAGAAUGAGGAGAAUGAGGAGAAUGAGGAGAAUGAGGAGAAUGAGGAGAAUGAAGGGAACGAGGAGAACGAGGAGAAUGAGGAGAAUGAAGGGAACGAGGAGAAUGAGGAGAAUGGGGAGAACGAGGAGAAUGAGGAGAAUGAGGAGAAUGAGGAGAAUGAGGAGAACGAGGAGAAUGAGGAGAAUGAGGAGAAUGAGGAGAACAAGGAGAAUGAGGAGAACGAGGAGAAUGAGGAGAAUGAGGAGAAUGAGGAGAAUGGGGAGAACGAGGAGAAUGAGGAGAAUGGGGAGAAUGAGGAGAAUGAGGAGAAUGGGGAGAAUGAGGAGAAUGAAGGGAACGAGGAGAAUGAGGAGAAUGGGGAGAACGAGGAGAAUGAGGAGAAUGAGGAGAAUGGGGAGAAUGAGGAGAACGAGGAGAAUGAGGAGAAUGAGGAGAAUGAAGGGAACGAGGAGAACGAGGAGAAUGAGGAGAAUGGGGAGAAUGAGGAGAACGAGAAGAAUGAGGAGAAUGAGGAGAACGAGGAGAAUGAGGAGAAUGAGGAGAAUGAGGAGAACAAGGAGAAUGAGGAGAAUGAGGAGAAUGAGGAGAAUGAGGAGAACGAGGAGAAUGAGGAGAAUGAGGAGAAUGAGGAGAACAAGGAGAAUGAGGAGAACGAGGAGAAUGAGGAGAAUGAGGAGAAUGAGGAGAAUGGGGGAGAACGAGGAGAAUGA